AUGUCCUCACAGCCGGUGGCUUCACUCAACGCCCCACCAAAGCUAAAGAUACGCCCAACAAAGCUUUCAGCGGGACAAUGUUCGUAUGUAUCGUUGUGUAAGCUUGUACUACGCAAGAGAAUGAUUAGAUUGGUUCUACUCACAUUCCUCUCCACUUGCACUAUCUUCUCUGUAUCCACUUCAAAUCUAAAUGAUAGAAUCUCAUCCACAAUAUCACUCAAUAGAUUUUUAUUCGCUGCAGUUGCCUUCUCUCUCAGCGUAAUUCCAAUCAUUAUAACCCGCAAAUUGGCCUUGAUAACCAAGCCUCCUCCUUCUCCUUCCUCUCCUUCCCAACGAAUCAAAUCUUUUCUCCUCAAUAACAAAACAUACAGCUCUACCAGUGUAUAUGCCCUAAGCGCUGUUAUAUACGCUAUCUCUUUCCUCGCUUGCGUCUCUACUCACGAAGAAGACGCCCAAUUCACCCCUUUCACCACUCACAAACGACGCGGCUGGCAGUUCAACGAGAGGUUCAUCUUCUUUAUAUUAAACGCUAUUGUUCUCGCAAUCAGCUACUCGAUCUACCAGCUCUGGACUGACCGUUUCAUCACGCGUUUCCCUUCCAACAUCUCACAAUCCAUUUCUGAACGCGUACUAACACACUUGAAGCGUAACUUGGCCAGUGGUGUCAAGUUUUCCAUCAUUACCGUCCUCACUUGCCUUUCAAGCUACUUUCUACUCAAGAAGCCCAUCUACCGCACACUCGCGACGUUCUCCCUUUCGACUUUCAGACCCCACCUGUUCUCCCUCCUGCGCCAGAACAAUCUCUCGUUCGGGCUAAUUCUCCGCACUAUGCUCUUCACUAUCAGCCUCACCACUACAUGGGAAGUCGCCAAUACGCUCUUUGACGUCUACAGCGUGCACCCCAUGCUGAUAUCGAAAGUAUCGCCCGCCUCCAACGACUGUCUACUCGAUGGACUCGGCUGUGAAGACACGUAUUACCGACACCUCGCCUAUCUCGAAUUCGUGAUGGUCUUCUCCACCGACAAGCAACGCCGGCUGUCCGUGUACGGCGACAUCAACCGCAACCCUACUUCCUGGGAUAAGUACCUUGGCUUGGCCGUGAAAGAGAUGAGUGAUGGUAGGAAUAAGGUGCUGUCGAGAGGCGCGACAAGUGAUGCAGCCAUUGAUAAACCUUUCCACCACUUGAACACUCCUAGCACAGCCACUUCCACCGCCACCUCCAGCUCCGGCAAACACCUAAGAGUGCUUCAGGAUGAGAAGAUCUACCAACGUCCUCCCAGAAAUACAUUCGAGAGUACAGUCGAUCAAUCACAAUCACCAAAGAGCACUCCAAGCUCCCUCCUCAAGGAUGCACCCAAACCACUCGCUAAAGGUACACAAGAUGCUGUCAUAGGCUUUGAUAAGCUCCUCCCUAAAGAUUUGCUAAGGAUGCUUCGAAAGAUACUCAACGGGAAUGAGCAGGCUGUAGUGAAUGCCAAAAUUAAACUCAUGGCACCUGAAAUGAAACUAGUCAGUCUGUCUGCACUCGGAUUGGCUUACCUUGGAGCAGCUUCGAUCAACGAGGAUCAGUACGGUCUCAUCCAACACAGUAUACCUCACGUAAUCGCUCAGCUAACCGAGACUCUCAUUGUUUAUGAGCGUUUCCAAUCGGAGCUACUUAAAUCCACUACACAUAUCCACGAGUUCAACACUAGAAUGCAGGAAUUGAGGAAUGCACUCUCAGUUAUCCUUGUCGCGUUUAAAGAUUACAUAGCCACUUUCAAUCUAGAUGAACAGGUUUCGGGUAGGGUUGAUAUUGCUCUUAGAGAUUUGUAG